CAUGGAAACAAACAAACAGAAGCAAAAUCUCAGUGACCUGGAAGCAAAAAACAAGCAGCUGACUUUGGAGAAGAGAGAUUUACAAAUCCAGACUGAAGAUCUGAGGAUGAACAUGACAAAUCUAGAGAAUCAGACUAAAGAUCUGAGGAUGAACAUGACAAAUCUAGAGAAUCAGACUAAAGAUCUGAGGAUGAACAUGACAAAACUAGAGAAUCAGACUGAUCAUCUGACUGCUAAGAAGAAGUUCUUUGAGAACCAAACCAAGGAGAUGACCGUUAACAUGACAAUCCUACAAACGCAGAUCGAGCAGCUGAGAAACAACAGUGACGAACUAAACAGGAUGAAGGCAGCAAUCUUCAAAUACACCAACUUUCCAGGCGAUCUCUUCUGUCCUGAUGGAGUUUGUCAGAUGUGUCCCAAAGACUGGAUUCAGUUUAAUGAAAGCUGCUAUUUUUUUUAUAACUCAAACUCUCCAUGGAAAACAUGGUAUGAAAGUCGACAGUUUUGUCAGAGCAAGAAUUCAGACCUGGUGGUUAUCAGCAGUCAAGAGGAACAGACAUUCAUCAAAAGCACAAUAGAAUUCUACUUUGACACCUGGCACGGAUACUGGAUUGGUUUAAGAAGAAUUAACAACAACUGGAUCUGGGUGGAUGGCAGUCCAGACACACUUGGGUACUGGAACAACCCAAAUGACUCAAAUGAUUUUACACUUAUAAGGAAAGAUUUAGCUGAGAAUCAGAGCUGGACCAGAAUCCAAGAUAGCGGUAUACACAGAUACAUCUGUGAGAUUAAAGCUUUCAUUUUCUAA